AUGCCGUCACGCGCGCGCACACACACAUGCGAACAUAUGUGUGUAUACAGUGUGCCCUCGUUCUCUCCGUCUACGCCCUUCCCCCUUCCCGUCGCACGUGACACAUCCGUGUACACUCGGUGUAAGCUUCCUGCCAUAUCUACGUAUGCGUGUCGACACAUUUUAUUUUUUCUUGCGAAAUCUGUCUUGGCCCACCAGCAGCUCCAACACAUAGACACACACACACACACACACACACACACACCAGUGCUCACCACCACGCCGUGCCCCACAAACACCAUUUUCCUGCAGCUGACGUGA